UGCAAGAUGACAUUUUAUUGGUUUUUUGAAGUUUUAUAGGUUUUUUACAUAGUACCCGUGCCGAUCGGUAGAAGAAUGCUUAAAUCUGUUCUGCCAAUGUAAUUGCUAGUUUUUAUGAAUUAAGUCCUGGAAGCCAUUACGUGUAUCGCCCUACAUUGGCGUUCUAAUCUAUGAUCUUUAUGUUGUGUCAUUCAUAUCUAUCUGUUCUCCUCGUUUCAUGCUUUUGGAGGGAAAUUAGGAAAUCAAAACAAAAGAUGCUUCUGAAAAUUGAAAAGUAGAGUUGAUUGCUGGAUAGUAACGGAUUGUUUUUCAUAAACUAAAAUAAUGGCUGAAAAUAGGAUUAUUUAUAUCUAUAAUAAAAGUUUAAUUCAAGAAUCCAACCGGUUACCUGGAGUGCCGAAUCGGGCUUCUAUGGUUCAAGAUCUAAUUAAUUCGUAUAAUCUUCUAUUAGAUGAUAGAUUUUUAGUUGUAAAAAGUGCCGAAGCAACUGAAAAUGAACUGAAGGCUUUCCACUCAAGAGCGUACAUUGACUAUUUGAAAUCUGUUGAAAACCCUACUGAAGAUCCUAAAGAAGACCCUGCCUAUUUUGGUUUAACAGACGACUGUCCUUUAUUGCCCAAUAGUGUUGUGUUAGUUAAAACCAUAGCUGGUGGUUCUAUUUCUGCAGCAAAGUUGCUGGUAGCCAAGAAAUCUAACAUUGCUAUAAAUUGGUUCGGAGGAUGGCAUCAUGCACAAAGAGACUGUGCUGAGGGAUUUUGUUAUGUGAAUGAUGUAGUACUUGCUAUUCAGAUGCUUCGAAAAUCAUUUGAGAAAAUAUUGUAUGUUGACUUAGAUAUACAUCAUGGCAAUGGUGUACAAAAUGCCUUUGAAUACAGCAAUAAAAUCUUGACAUUAUCGUUUCAUCACAAGUCUCCAGGGUUUUACCCUGGUACUGGAGGUCUAGAUGAAAUUGGGAGUGGUGAGGGAAGAUACUAUACAAUUAAUGUUCCAUUUUAUGAAGGUAUAGGACAUGAAAACUAUAUCAGAGUAUUUAAGGAAGUAUUCAACUGUGUUUCGACAUCUUUCCCUGCAAAUGCUAUUGUGGUACAGUGUGGAGCAGAUGGGCUGAAUGGCGAUCCUAUUGGUCACUGCAACUUAACUUUAGAAACAUAUUCAGAAUGUGUGAGAGAAAUCCUUAAAUGCAAUGUUCCGAAAUUGUUUUUAGGGGGAGGUGGAUACAACUUUGCUAAUACAUCAAGGCUUUGGACUUACUUAAGUGCAGUAAUUGCCAAUAUUCAUUUGGAUAAUGAUAUUCCUGACGAGUCAGAGUAUUUUCCAGAAUAUGGACCAUCAUACGAAGUGGAAAUCACACAGGGUCUUCAAAAGGACAUGAAUAGCAAAAGCUACCUUGAAACAAUUAUGAACACUAUUAAAUCUUAUUGCAGUCAUAUAAAGUAAGCUGUGAUAUUUUAGUUUUUAAUGCAGUGGUAAAUGUGUUUAAAAUAAUAACUUCACCUUAGUUAUAUUUGUUUAGGUAAGUGUUUAGUGCUCUGUGAGCAGGUUAGUUAUAAAUGGUCCUUAAGUUGUAAUGUGUUUGUAAUAUACAUUUUGUUAUGAAA